AUGGGGAAAAAUAAAACUUCUGGGGAGUCGUCCGACAGGGCCAACUACUCACCGAGCCAAGAUGCCAUAGCAGGGGUUCCUUUGAUAGGGUGGGAAGCAGAAAGCGUUGCCACACCCAAACAACAACGCGACAUAUCCUAUCGUGAAGCAAAAAACGGAAAAAAAGGCAUCCCCCCCUCUAUAGCCUCCAACAGCGAUAACAAAACAGGCUCUUCACGCAGCUGCUGGAGCUACGCCCCCCCAAAGUGGAACGCACAAAAAAAAAAACACACACAUGUGAAUGACAACCAUAUAGUAGAAACAAAAAAGGCAUACACCUCCAUAAGCACCGCUCCGCACAGAAGUAACUAUACCUACCGUGCAGACCCACGAACCAAAACCGAAAGCAGCUCCCCUCGUAUAUGCUUGGUGAAACGAUUAAAUGGAAAGCUCGAACAAAUUGACAUGAAGGAUAUACAGACCGCCUUUCCUAACUACAUACCAUAUGAGAGAAACGACAACGGCGCAUUCCUCUCGUCAGUGUUCAGCCCCGUAGAAGACACAGAGCAGCAAACCCAAGGCAAGGUAGGCGACAUUUCUAACCUCCCCGUUGUAAUCCGCCAAGGAAGCGCCAAAUCUUCUGCUAAGAUCAAACUGCCUAUUGGGACCCCCCCCACAAGUCAAACAGGUAAGCUCACACGAGUGACUCCACGUGAAGGAUUAGGAAAAGCUCUUCACGCAGGGGAGCGCGCAGGAGGAGUGUCAGACGUGUACUCCCAUGGUGCUAUCCCAUGGUGCUAUCCGAUGAUACUAUCCCAUGCUCGCGGGUCUCACCAAAAAGCUCCGCCACCCUCCAGAAGUUUCAGUUGCAACAACACCAUUUAUAACCCUUCUGCUUGCAACCCGAGCAACGGACUAAGGUCCACCUCACAGAAACGAACCUUCUCCAAUGUGCAAACAUCGUAUAACUCCCCAGGAGGGGGAUCGAACUUUUCUUCUUGUGGGCAAAGUCCCAUUAGGAGGUUUCAGUCUGCUCAGAACGCAACCACGUUGUCACUUCGCUCACCAAAAGUGGUCACUCCGAAGAGGGAUGCCACUCCCCAAACGAGUUUACUAAAACCAUACGCCAUUCCCAUGCUAUUAAAGCAUUCUACAAAUAUGAUCCUGAACCAGUUAAAAAAGAAGAAAGGAAACCAGAGGACCCACACUAAAGGAACAAAUAUGAAUGUAAGAAACAAGGACAAGCAGAAAGAGGUACAAUUUGAAUCAAAUUCAUUUUCAAAAAAAAAAGGAUAA